CCAACUAUCAAUAGUCAACCACAGUUACACCAACUCCUUGUGUCCCUCAAUCCACACCAGACAGUUGCAACAAUGCCUCUAGACACGAUAUAUCUCACCCGCCAUGGCCACCGUCUAAAUUGGACAAUCGACUACAAAACCGGCACCUACCACUCUCAAUUUCCCACUCCAACCGGGAACCCAGCCGACCCAACUCUCACCUCGCACGGCGUGCGUCAAUCCCACGAGCUCGCUGCCCACUUCACCAGCGAUGAGAUAUCCCCGAAGCCGUUCCGCAUCUACAGCAGUCCAUUCUACCGAUGUCUUCAGACCAUCCAGCCCUCCGUAGAGGCAUUGCGGAAGCAACAGCAACAACAGGUUCAGGAGGACUCUUCUCAGUCUCUCAACAAUGACCCCUCCACCAUCGACAAACACGCCGACCUAACCGUCCGCAUUGAACCCGGACUUGGAGAAUGGUUCGGCCCAACAACCUUCUUCCACCACCCCUCCCCCGCCCCCCUCUCCACCCUCCAAUCUCACUUCCCAAGCAUCCUUCCCUCCCCAUCCCAAUCCCAAUCCCCCUCAUCUGCCCCCCAAAACCAAAUCCUCCGCCCCUCCACCUCCGGCGAAACAAUCCCCCAACUCCACGAUCGCCUCGCAACAACACUCUCCACUCUAAUCACCACCCUCGAUACCGAAAUCACUCAAUCAGAAGCAACCCUUCCCCCCGAGCAACGAACCAGGAAGGCCGUUCUCAUCUGCAGUCACGCGGCGCCGCUGAUUGCCAUGGGCCGGGUGCUUACGGGGAAUAUGCCGGAGGAUGAGGGGGAGGAGGAUUUUAAGGUUUAUACUGCGGGGGUUAGUACGUUUGUGAGGAGGGGAGGAUUGCGGGGUGGAGACGGGGAGGGGGAGCGGAAGGGGAGGGAUGUAGAGGGUGUUCUUGCGCCGGGGACGGAGGUUUUGAUGAAUAAGGAUGGUGGGAGUGUGAAGGUUCCGGACUGGAGGGAGGGAAGGGGUGUUGGUGGGGGGUGGGACUGUGUGAGGAAUGGGGAUUGUGGGUUUUUGAGUAAUGGGGCUGAGAGGGGGUGGCGCUUUUGUGGUGAUGAGUCGUUUGAUACAGGCCCCAUGGCGGAUCCAUCGGCUACCCCGACUUCGAGCUUGGAUUCCUCCGUCGAGACGGCGGGGAGUAAAUUGUGAUCUUUCUCUCUUUCUUGGGUAUAUGCGUACGUAGAGAUAACUGAUAGACUAGAUAGUCCCACGUAAAGUGGUCGUGAAUGCAGCUAUCAU